UAACGAGUAAUUGGAGUUAUCAUGACAUCAAACCAGAUCUUGAGAGAGCUUAAAGCGAUAUACAAGACGCAAAUCCUUGGCAAGCAUAAUGAAGAAAUAAAAGAAGUUAUCAAAAUAAUCGAGGGAAGGGGCACUCGCGUGAAUUCGUGCCGCAUAAUGGAAGUAUCGAGGUCUCGAGAUAGGCCAACUGUUCAAAUGAGGUAAUACACACGAUCAAAUAGAUUCAUGGCAUUCCUUCUGCAGUUAUCCCAGCUUCUACACCACAGCAUUCUGACAGUUGCAUCAUGAAGCCGGCCCGUGCAAUAAGUGUUGUCCUAGUUGUGAUUACCAUCACAUCCAUGACCUGGGGAGAAGAUGUCAGUAUCGGAGACACAUCGCCAAUUCCUGACUUCGAAUUUCCAGACUUCGAUCCAGGAAACAGUUUCUUUCAACCUAAUGGGGUUAUACAGGGUAUGAUUUUAGGUGAUAUACUGCAGAGGAUUCAAAAUUUAGAAGCAUUUUGUGAAGUGGAUGGCGAAAAGUUUCAAAAGCUACCAGACACGUCAGUACCGUCGGGCUUUGCUCCAGGCCCCCGUCAGGAGGAACAAGACGUGAAUACUAAAGAAGAACCAGGACUCGAGUUUCCGCCAGAUUUUUUCGACUCCGACGACUUUAGCCUGACGUCCAAAGUGGAGGAAGUAGAGGCAACUCUACAGCUCCUCCGGGAGUCGAUGCAGGAGUCUAAACGCGAACAAGGUGGUUUCCGUGGCGACCUUGAGGUGGUCAAGGAGCAGGUGGCCAGUGUACAGAAACAGAUGACCGAAACGCAGCAGGACAUCGCCCACACCAAGGAGGAAUUGAUGGCAGCCAUUGCGGAGACCAAUGAAGUACUGACCACCCAGAACAAAGAUAUUGGCAAGCUGCAGAAGAGUGCUUCCUUCGUUUCAUCAGGACUGGCAGAUCUGCGGCACAACCUGUCACAUUUAGACCGUUUGGAGAUGUCGGUAAGGCAGGCGGUUAACUCGUAUGGUAAAACCAGUCGGCAUGUCGAUCUUUUAGUAAGAAAUGUGACGUCACUCCAAACAGACGUCGACGAUAUGCAGGCGGCACUGAAUCGGUCGACAGGUGGCGAAAAAGUAGACCACAAAUCAAAUGUAACAGACCGACUGAUAGCUCGACUUUCCAAGCAGAUGUUAGGAAUUAAAAAACGACUCAAGAAAGGAGAAAGUGCUAAAUGUGAAUCUGGGAGAGUGAUGUUCAUGAACUACCCGUUCUCUUAUGGAAACUGGCCACAAAAGCGUGAGAUACAUUUCUCCAGACCGUUUGCCCGCCGUCCCGUCAUCACGCUGGGCAUAACGCAACUGGACGUCAGCUACAAGUACAACACGCGUGCUGGGGUGCGGCUCGUCAAGCGCUCUAACGUCGGCUUCACGCUCUCCUGCGACGGCUGGUACAACACGCGACUUUACAGGGUCGAGGUCACCUGGAUGGCCUGCUUGGUGUAAUGGACGGCCAAGAAAAUGGAAGCUUAUUUUGCGUGACGAUGGAGAAUUCAGUUUUAUGACUUGUUCAUUUGCCUGAAAAUAUAUACAUUAACAUUUUCUUGAAAAGUAAUUUAUUCAGCCAACAGCAGAAUCGUGAUAUCCCACUUGUUAUCAAUAUUUUGAUACAUAAUUGAAUUGUGGCUUCGUAGCCAUAAAUGGAAAGAAAAA